AUGAGUACAGUGAAUGUAUCAGGAGUUAAAGCAGCGCCGUCAAUUAUAAACAAUGAACGAGUACCGUGCAGUGGUGACCCUCCAUGGCCACCAGGAGCAACCCCUGCUGCAACUGGACUCAAGAAUCAUGGAAAUACUUGCUAUAUGAAUGCAGUUCUUCAGUGCCUUUCACACACAGAUGUUAUAGCGGAAUAUUUUGUAUUAGAUCACUACAAGGUGGAUUUGCAAAAGAGAAACAAGAUUAACUCUAAAAAGUAUGGUACCCGUGGUGAAGUUACUGAACAAUUAGCUGCUCUAUUGAAAGCUUUGUGGUCCUGUCGAUAUACUCCUGAUAUGAGUAUUGCGUUUAAGAGUGCAGUUGAAAGACAUGGUACACAAUAUCGAGGAAAUAGUCAACAUGAUGCACAAGAGUUUCUCUUUUGGCUACUUGACAAAGUCCAUGAAGAUUUAAACACUGCCACAAAGAAAAAGUAUAAAACAAUUAAGAAUACAGGUGGUAAGCCAGAUGAGGUGGUAGCAGCUGAAACAUUGGCUAAUCAUGCAAGAAGGAACAGUUCCUUUGUACAGGCUGUUUUUCAAGCUCAGUAUAGGUCGGCUUUGACAUGUGCCAAAUGUGAGCGGACAUCAUGUACAUUUGAUCCAUUCCACUGUGUCAGCGUGCAACUGCCUACAAGACUUAAUACAGUCCAACCUUCCCCACUACCCGUAAAUGUGGUGUACGUGAACCAGCAGCCGCGUCAGGUGCGCAUCGGCGUUGAGCUACCGCCGACCGCCACAAUGGACGAGCUGCGCACCACUCUUCACAACGACACCGGCAUAGACCGCGACCACAUCAUACUCACGGAGAUCGGCGAGACAGGCUGGUGCAACGCUCGCGCUGGCUGGGAGGUGGCCGGUAUCGACUUUGGCGCCCUAUAUUGCCUAGAAGUGCCGCCACUGCUGCAGACGCCAACCACGCCCUACUUACUCCUGCUGUGGGUCAACCUCCUCGACGGCGAACGCUUUGGCUCGCCGUACGCGAUGCAGGUGCCGCGCGAGGUCUCCUACGAGGACCUGCAGAAGCUGCUGCUGAAGGAGAUGUGCCAGGUGGUGGCCGAGCGGGUGCUGGAGAGGGCGCAGGGGGCGGACAUCUUCAGGGCUCGGCUGGCCGACACCCACACGCCCGCAUACCUUCAGCCCGAGCUUCCACAUCCGCUCUUCGCUCUGGAUGUAGAGCAAGCUUUGUGCGCGCACGACAAGUAUCCGCAUCUGCGACUCGAGCUGCUGUGGGAUCCCGCGCACAGAGACAGCAUAAUCCGCGAGGCGGGGGAGGCGUGCGAGGUGCACGUGUCGGCGGUGGGCGCGCGGGGCGGCUGCGGGCCGCUCACGCUCCACGCCUGCCUGGCGCACUACACGCGCGCGGAGCACCUCGCGCAAGAGGACGCAUGGAGGUGUCCACAAUGCCAAAGGUACAUGCCGGUGGUCAAGACGCUCGGGCUCUGGUCGCUACCGGACAUCUUGGUCAUUCACUUGAAGAGAUUUCGACAACAGGCGAAGGGGCGCACCAGCACUAAACUGACCACCAUGGUGGAGUUCCCGUUGGAGGACUUGGACAUGACGCCGCACCUGGUGCGGAGGGGCGCCCCGAGCGGGGACUCCCCGGGCCACUCGCGCUCGCCUCGCCGCCGCCACGCCAAGGCCGCGCCCGCCGGCCCCCAGGACAACGUGUACGACCUGUACGCGAUCUGCUACCACCACGGUGACGACCUGGAAACGGGCCACUACACGGCCGCCUGCAAGAACCCCUACGACGGCCGCUGGUACAAGUUCGACGACUCGCGGGUGACGCCGGUCGACGGGCGGAGCGCGCACGCCGAGCUGGUGAACAACACCGUCUACAUGCUGUUCUACAGGCGAAAGAGGCCCACCGUGGUGCACUCGUGCUCGACCAGCGACAAAGGCCACUGGGCGCUGCUGAUGCCGAGGUACGUCAAGCCGGCCGGCGAAGCCCCGGGCCUCACCGAGCUGAGGGAGGAGCCGGAGAGCGGCAAACGGGCCCCGCAAGACGACUCGGAGCCCGAAGACCGCAGAAGCCCCUCACCCGCUAGGAGCACACCGAGUGUAGACUUACCGAGCGAGGCGCUCACCGAGAACAGCUUCACGCCGAUCGUACACAGCACGGCGAUCGUCCAGUCGCCAACCCUCCAGAGGCCGCUGAUCGUCGAGGUGAGCGGCGGCAGAACGGACGGCGAGCCGAACGAACGGGGAACGAACGACGAACUGAGCGAGAACGAGAGCGAGCCGCAGACUCUCGCCGAGCCGUACAUCCACAAGGACGUCCACGUCAACCCCAAGAUGACGCCCGUGGACCCCAGGAGGCCGAGGUCGGUCGACUACCCGACCAGGAGCGGCGCUUCGCCCCCCCACCGCGACGCGGCGAGGAACUACGAGAGCUCCCCGCUGGUGGCGAGCAUAAACGGCGUGGAGUACCACCCGACCACCGAGGACCUGAUGCUGUCCAUGUUCCAGGAGUCGAAGUACAUCGUGCCGCGUCACGGGAACCACGUCGCCGGGGAAUCUCAUAGAACAGGUGAAAAGUCUUCCGUUUGGAAAACUCGAAUAUCCACU